AUGCAGGCUCAUGUCUAUGGUAUGAUCAAGGACCUGAUCAGAGAGGAGAGGAGGGAGAUGAAGGAGGAGUGGUCCAAGUACAAGUAUGGGAAGGCCUGGCAGAUUGACUAUAUCACACUGCCCCAGACAUGCCAGGGCAAGCGCUACAUGCUGACCACGGUGGAAGCCACCACUGGAUGCCUGGAGACCCACCCUGUGCCUCAUACCACUGUCCAGAACACCAUCCUGGGCCUGGAAAAGCAAAUCCUGUGGAGACAUGCAGAGUAUUUCCUCCUGACUGUCAUGUGCUAUGACCGCUACGUGUCCAUCUGCAAACCCCUGCACUAUGGGACCCUCCUAGGCAGCAGAGCUUGUGCCCACAUGGCAGCAGCUGCCUGGGCCUGUGCCUUUCUCAAUGCUCUCCUGCACACGGUCAAUACAUUUUCCCUGCGCCUGUGCCAUGGCAAUGCCCUGGGCCAGUUCUUCUGUGAAGUUCCCCAGAUCCUCAAACUGUCCUGCUCCAAAUCCUAUGUCAGGGAACUUGGGCUUCUUGCUGUUAGUGUCUGUUUAGCAUUUGGCUGCUUUGUGUUCAUUGUUUUCUCCUAUGUGCAGAUCUUCAGGGCAGUGCUGAGGAUCCGCUCUGAGCGGGGACGGCACAAAGCCUCUUCCACCUGCCUCCCUCACCUGGUCGUGGUCUCUCUGUUCCUCAGCACUUCAGUGUUUGCUCACCUGAAGCCCCCCUCCAUUUCUUCCCCAUCCCUGGAUCUGUCAGUGUCAGUUCUGUACUCAGUGGUGUCUCCAACCCUGAACCCCCUCAUCUAUAGCCUGAGGAACCAGAAGCUCAAGGCUGCAGUGUCGAGACUG